AAUCGCAGAUGUCUGGCUGAAAUGUUGAUAAGGAAAAACUGUACAUCUCAACCACAGAAUGAAAACUGCACCCAAAUGAUACACGUGCCUUUAAUCGAGUACCAAACUCUGUCAGUUGACACAAAGAAUCUCCGCCUAUUUAGUCGUCUGGAGGCAACAAUUGUAUGGAGAGAUCCUGAGUUGAGAUGGGACACAUCUGUUUACAAGUAUCAUGAAGUUGUCCUGCCAGUUGAUAAAGUCUGGACCCCAGAGAUCCACGUUACAAAUGGAAUACUAACAACUAUGAAGCACAGCUCCCAUGAUCUGCUGGUAUACAGUAAUGGCACCCUGAGGCACACUGUGACCAUAAACGCUGAGGUGAACUGUGAAGUCAAUCUAUUCAACUACCCCUUCGCUGCCGAUGACUGUCCUGUCGCAAUCCAAACCUGGUCCACUGAUGGAUGUGGUACAGCUCUGGUAUUGGGUGAAUUGAGGAUGGUUGAUAGUACCCAUGGAGACUGGAAAACUGACGGUGUGGCCCUCCAGAAAAAGAGAGAUGAUCGCAAUUACAUCAUGGUGUCACUGAGCAUCAAAUAUGUCAACCCCCUCAUUACAUUAUUGCUGCCCAGUAUUCUGAUCAUCUUGGCCGACGUUACCAGCUUCGCCCUGCCACUGGGAGGCGGUGAACGCAACUCUUUCAAGGUCACUCUGGUGCUCAGCUUCACCAUGUUCCUCAUCAUCCUCAACGAUAAGCUCCCUGGAGACAGCCAGUGCAGCCCUAUCAUCCGAACCCACUUCUGUGUUUGUCUGGUGCUCUUGGUGUUGAGCAUGCUGGUGUCUUUGGUGCUGACACGGCUGGCCAAAGAUGGCAGCUUCAUUUUCUGCUGCUGGUCCAAAGGGCCAGUUGCAAAAAGCACAGGAAACGAGGAAGAGAAAGAGAAUGAGGAAGCCAAAGCUGACAUCAGUGUCAUUCAGCUGAAUGGUUCGGAGGAGGACAAACGAAUGCUCAGAAAGGUGGUAAACUUCCUGGAAGCUUUUGACGCCAAGGAGCUGGAACGUGAGAGAUAUCAGAGGUUUGCCAACACAGUGGACACGAUCUUCUUUUGGUCUUAUUUCUUUUUUGGCACCGUGUACUUUUGUGCCAUGACUUAUGUAAUGGUAAGGCAUACAUGUACAGUUAACCAUUUCGAUUUCUGGUACUAAUACAUCUACUUAACUGUGUGUUAUUGUGUGUGAAAAAAAUAA